AUGCGACCGCCCUACCAGCCCCACCAGCCCCAGCCGCCCAUCGACGAUCGCUACCGGCCGAUCCCGAACCUCAACGAGCCCUACGACCCCAGGGACGCCGUCGUAAACACCCACCAGCGACCCCACGACCUCGGCUGGAUGCCGCCGGCACGACCCGUCGUGGAGACGUACCAUGCCCCACCCGCCGGCAGCGACUGGACGGCCCCGGCCCCGGCUUUCGUCGAAAACGACCCGUACGUGAACCCGCGCGGGGCGGACCACUGGCCUCGGAGGGACCAGUCCCAGCAGUGGCCCAAACGUAACGACGACCGCAACUGGCCCGGCCAGCAGCAGCAACAACAACAACAACAACCCCCUCAGCGCCAAAAUAACUGGCAAGCUGACUCGUGGGCCCCGCGCGACGACCACUACGACGGCCGCGCGGCAGACCGUCCCUUUCGCGUCGACGACCGCAAUCAGCAGCGUCUGCCCAUCAUCCCUGACCACGAGCGCUCAUGGCAGCCCUCGACCGCCUGGCAGUCGGGCGCUCGAAUGCCCAUGCCCCCGCCACCGCCUCGGCACAUGAAUCACAACAAUAAUAACAACAGGCGCAAUAACAACAACAACAACAACAACAUGAACAACCGCAACAACAAGGGCGGCAAACAGCGUCAGGGAUACAAUAACAACUACAACGGCAGUAGCUGGACCAGCAAUCAGCCCCAGCGUAGGGACAACUGGCGACCCGAGGAUGCCCAGCUGAAUAACUGGCAACGGCGGGAUACCGCACCACUCCCAACACCAAAUAAGAAGCAACGUACGGGUCGUUCGCAAUCCCGCUCCCCGACGCGCUCACAUCGCUCGGGCCGGUCCGACCGUGGGCGUUCCCCAUCACGUUCCCCGUCACCGCGCCGACGACGGCGAGAAGGCAGCCCCGACGACUAUCGCCCGAGUCAUAGCCCCGCAAGCUCACGCCGGCCAACUCGACGAACGCCCUCGCCUCAUCGACGUCGGGAUGCCUCGCUCGCUCGCAACGGCCGACAUCGUGAGAGGGUUAGGGGCAGGUCGCGAUCGAGAUCGCGCUCUCGCUCAUUCUCGAGCUAUACGCCCCGCAGUCGGAGCCAGAGCAUGAGUAUGAGCCCCGACGAGCGCCCGAGGACGUUGCAUCGGUUGCCCGCCGCUACCCCUGCCGACUUGAUAGUCGUUCCCCCACCAUUAUCGUCCAAGGACGAGGCCGAACUAUCGUCUGGCAAGGAUGGUGGGCACGGCGCAGCGCUCCCCGUAAACGUCUCGAUGCCACCUCCGCCUAGUCCUGUCGUUCCUUCUGCCGUCAACGCUGUCCUACCCGCCCCGACGUCACCAAAUCGGGCCUUCAAGAUCGUGCAGCCGAGUACGGCCGUGAAACGCUUCUUCCCCGGUGACGACGACGACGAAGAGCGACCGGCCAAGUUCGUUCCCAUAGGACGCCCGUCGCAGCCGCCGGCUUCGGGCGCCACUGCCGCAAGCCGCUUUGUCCCCGCCGCAAACACCGCCGUUACUCCCGCUCAGCCCACUCCAGCGACCGUACCCGUCUAUGUGGCCGAACCCUCGUUCACCCCAUCUCCCACCGCCUCCUCCGCUCCGCAGUACCAUGCACCGUCGCCGACCUCUCUGCAACCCCCGUCGGCGGCAUCGCAGCCACCUCUAUUGGCCCAUCCACCCGUCGGUUUGGCUGCGCUACCGCCAAAACCUCUAUCCUCUCCAGUUGUAUCCGCGGUCCCCGCGUCUCUCUCGCAGAUGCUGCGCACACCUACCACACCUCCUGUUCCUAGUCCUCUCCAAGCUACCACGUCUCAUGAAGCGUCUUCACGCCGCGCUUCUGUCACCGUCGAUGUCUCUCGAGUAGGGUCCAGUCGACCGCACUCACCUUCGCCACGCGACGCCGCUUCAAGCAGUACUCGCGCGCCUAGUCCAGCGCGGACCACUGCGUCGUCCUCAAGCGAAUUGUACGAAAUUGUCAGCCAGGUUGGCGAGGGCACGUUCGGCAAAGUGUACAAGGCCAAAAACACGUACAACGGAAUGCACGUCGCACUGAAGAGGAUACGAAUGGAAACCGAGAAGGACGGAUUCCCUGUCACUGCAAUGCGCGAAAUCAAAUUGCUGCAGAGCUUGAGACACGAAAACGUCAUUCAGCUGUACGAGAUGAUGGUCUCUCACGGCUCUGCGUACAUGGUGUUUGAGUACAUGGACCACGACCUCCGCGGCAUCCUCACGCAAACGCAGUUCAGCUUCACCCCGGCACAUCUCAAGUCCUUUUGCCGUCAGAUGCUGGCAGGCCUGGCUUAUCUUCAUCGCAAGGGCGUCAUCCAUCGCGAUAUCAAAGGCAGCAAUAUCCUCGUCAAUGCUCGCGGCGAUCUCAAGUUGGCCGACUUCGGAUUAGCACGCUUUUACCAGAAGCGCCGGAGAAGCGACUACACGAACCGUGUUAUCACAUUGUGGUAUCGUCCGCCCGAGUUACUCCUUGGGACGACCGUGUAUGGACCUGAAGUGGACAUGUGGAGCGCCGGCUGUAUCAUGCUCGAGCUCUUCACCAAGAAGGAAGUCUUCAUCGGCAACGAUGAGAUCAACCAGCUCGAAUGGAUAUGGAAGAUUAUGGGCACGCCGACGGCCGAGAGCUGGCCCGGCGUUGCGCGUUUACCGUGGUACGAACUCGUCAAGCCGCGCGAGGCCAUCCCGUCCCACUUCCGCGACUUUUUCAAGAAAUACAUGUCGUCCGGGGCUCUCGAUCUCGCCGAGCGGCUGCUUGCAUUCGAUCCCGCGAAGCGUGUGAGCGCGGCUGACGCGCUGAACGCGCCGUACUUCACGGAGGAGGAGCCGAAGGAGGCGAGGCCGGCGGGCCUGGCGAAUUUGGAUGGCGAAUGGCACGAGCUCGAGGCGAAGAUUAUGAAGAAGAAGAAACGCGCAGAAGGUAGUGGGUCUUCUCAGGCCCAUUGA